GAGAGUCUGUGUGCGGGGAGAGGGUGAGGAGAGAGGGAUAGGGGGAGCGAAAAAAAGGAGGAAAAGCUCCGGGAGGAGAAAAAAAACCAAAAGCCCCCCCACACACACCCCAAGCCCACGCCAGCAUCGGCCGCGGGACUGGCAGCAUGCGAUCCAAAGGCAGGGCGAGGAAGCUGGCCGCAAGUGAUGAAUGUUUGUAUGAAAGCUUUCCCGAACUUCCUUUGGAGGAAGCGCCAGAAGCUGAUGGAGAGGCUGCAAAUGUCCAGUGUCCAACAUCCAUCAGCAUUCAAGAGCCGUCUUCUCCAGCAACCUCCAGCGAAGCUUUCACACCAAAAGAGAGCUCUCCUUACAAGGCUCCAAUAUACAUUCCUGAUGACAUUCCCAUUCCUUCAGACUUUGAGCUCCGAGAAUCCAACGUUCCUGGGGCAGGAUUAGGGAUAUGGACCAAAAGGAAGAUUGAAGCAGGGGAAAAAUUUGGCCCUUUUGUCGGAGAGCAGCGGCCACACCUCAAAGAUCCCAGUUACGGUUGGGAGAUCUUGGAUGAGUUUUGCAAUGUGAAGUUCUGCAUAGAUGCCAGUCAACCAGAUGUAGGAAACUGGCUCAAAUAUAUCAAGUUUGCUGGAUGCUACAAUCAGCACAACCUUGUUGCAUGUCAAAUAAGUGAUCAGAUAUUCUACAGAGUGGUAGCAGAUAUUGAACCAGGAGAGGAGCUCUUACUGUUCAUGAAGAGUGAAGAUUAUUCACAUGAAACAAUGGCUCCGGACAUUCAUGAGGAGCGCCAGUACCGCUGUGAGGACUGUGAUCAGCUCUUUGAGUCCAAGGCUGAGCUCGUAGACCACCAGAAGUUCCCCUGCAGCACACCUCACUCUGCCUUCUCCAUGGUGGAGGAGGACUUCCAGAAAAAGCUUGAGAAUGAGAAUGACCUUCAGGAUGUGCAUGAAAUCCAGGAGUGUAAAGAGUGUGAUCAAGCCUUCCCAGACUUACAAAGCUUAGAGAAGCACAUGCUGUCACACAGUGAGGAGAGGGAGUACAAGUGUGACCAGUGCCCCAAAGCUUUUAACUGGAAGUCCAACUUGAUACGUCACCAAAUGUCGCACGACAGCGGGAAGCACUACGAGUGUGAAAACUGUGCCAAGGUUUUCACGGACCCCAGCAACCUUCAGAGGCAUAUUCGUUCCCAGCAUGUUGGGGCUCGUGCCCAUGCGUGUCCAGAGUGCGGCAAAACCUUUGCCACUUCUUCAGGCCUCAAACAGCAUAAACACAUCCACAGCAGUGUCAAACCUUUUAUAUGUGAGGUCUGCCAUAAAUCCUAUACUCAGUUUUCAAACCUUUGUCGUCAUAAGCGCAUGCAUGCUGAUUGCAGAACCCAAAUCAAGUGCAAAGACUGUGGACAAAUGUUCAGCACUACGUCUUCCUUAAAUAAACACAGGAGAUUUUGUGAGGGCAAGAACCAUUUUGCAGCAGGAGGAUUUUUUGGCCAAGGCAUUUCACUUCCUGGAACCCCAGCUAUGGAUAAAACGUCCAUGGUUAAUAUGAAUCAUGCAAAUCCGGGCCUUGCUGACUAUUUUGGAGCCAAUAGGCAUCCUGCUGGUCUUACCUUUCCAACAGCUCCUGGAUUUUCUUUUAGCUUCCCUGGUCUGUUUCCUUCAGGCUUGUACCACAGGCCACCUUUGCUACCUACUAGUUCUCCUGUUAAAGGACUACCGAGCGCAGAUCAGACAAACAAAAGUCAAAGUCCCCUCAUGACAAAUCCUCAGAUACUGCCAGCCACCCAGGAUAUUUUGAAGGCACUAAAUAAGCAACCAUCAGUAGGGGAGAAUAAGCCAGUGGAGCUUCAACCAGAGAGGUCCUCUGAAGAGAGGCCGCAUGAGAAACUCAGUGACCAGUCAGAGAGUAGUGACCUUGACCUUGACGAUGUCAGUACCCCCAGUGGCAGUGACCUGGAAACCACCUCGGGCUCUGAUCUGGAAAGUGACAUUGAAAGUGAGAAAGAGAAAUUUAAAGAAAAUGGUAAAAUGUUCAAAGACAAAGUAAGCUCUCUGCAGAGCCUGGCUUCAAUAAAUAAUAAGAAAGACCACAGCAAUCAUUCCAUAUUCUCACCAUCCUUAGAGGAGCAGACUGCGGUGUCAGGAGCGGUGAAUGAUUCUAUAAAGGCUAUUGCUUCUAUUGCUGAAAAGUACUUUGGUUCAACAGGACUUGUGGGGCUGCAAGACAAAAAAGUCGGAGCCUUACCUUACCCUUCCAUGUUUCCCCUCCCAUUUUUUCCAGCAUUCUCUCAAUCAAUGUAUCCAUUUCCUGAUAGAGACUUGAGACCGUUACCCUUGAAAGUGGAGCCCCAAUCACCCAGUGAAAUAAAGAAGAUCCCAAAGGGAAGCUCUGAGUCUCCCUUUGACCUCACCAUAAAGCGUAAGGAGGAGAAGCCACUUACUCCCAUACCCUCAAAGCCAGCAGGCCCCUCUGCAGCAAGUCAGGACCAGCCUCUAGAUCUCAGCAUGGGCAGCAGAAGUCGAGCCAGUGUCACAAAACAAGCCGAGCCUCGGAAAAACCACGUCUUUGGAGAAAAGAAAGGAGGUGACCUCGAGCAAAGGAAGCCUUCGGAGUCCUCCUUGCAGCACGCCAGGCCUACCCCGUUCUUUAUGGAUCCCAUUUACAGAGUAGAAAAAAGAAAACUAACUGACCCACUGGAAGCUUUAAAGGAGAAAUACUUGAGACCUUCCCCGGGAUUCUUGUUUCAUCCACAAUUCCAAUUGCCUGAUCAAAGAAUUUGGAUGUCCGCUAUAGAAAACAUGGCUGAAAAGCUGGAGAGCUUCAGCGCCCUGAAGCCAGAGGCCAAUGAGCUGAUCCAGUCGGUGCCAUCCAUGUUCAACUUCCGCGCGCCACCAAGCUCCCUGCCCGAGACCCUGCUGCGGAAGGGCAAGGAAAGAUACACCUGCAGAUACUGCGGCAAGAUUUUCCCCAGAUCUGCAAACCUAACACGUCACCUGAGGACACACACUGGAGAGCAGCCUUAUAGAUGCAAGUACUGUGACAGGUCGUUCAGCAUAUCUUCUAACCUGCAGAGGCAUGUCCGUAACAUCCACAAUAAAGAGAAGCCAUUCAAGUGUCACUUGUGUGACAGGUGUUUUGGUCAACAAACCAAUCUUGACAGACAUCUAAAAAAGCAUGAGAAUGGGAACAUGUCUGGUACUGCAACAUCCUCACCUCACUCAGAACUGGAAAGCACAGGGGCAAUUCUAGAUGACAAGGAAGACUCUUAUUUCACAGAAAUCAGGAAUUUUAUUGGAAACAGCAACCACAACAAUCAGUCCCCCCGAAACUCAGAGGAGAGAAUGAAUGGCAGCCACUUUAAGGAUGAAAAAGCCAUGGUAGCCAGCCAGAACUCAGAUUUGCUGGAUGACGAAGAGGCAGAAGACGAAGUAAUGAUGGAUGAGGAAGAUGAAGAGAGUGAAAUGGCAGGGAAAGCAGUCAAGGAGCCUGUUACAAGUGACAUGCAUGAGGGGACUCCAGAGGAGGAUUAUGAGGAAACAAGUACUUUGGACAUGAACUGCAAAGCUUCCCCUGGCAGGUAUAAAGAGGAGGAGUAUAAUAAGACUGGACUUUCAGCUUUGGACCACAUAAGGCACUUCACAGAUAGCCUCAAAAUGAGGAAAAUGGAAGAAAAUCAAUAUAGCGAAGCUGAAUUGGCAGCUUUCAAUACUUCCCAGCUGCCAGAGGACCUAAAGCAACCAUUGUACAGGAAAUCCAAAUCCCAGGCGUAUGCCAUGAUGCUGUCUCUCUCCGACAAGGACUCCCUCCAUUCCGCGUCCCACAAUUCUCCCAACGUGUGGCACAGCAUGGCGAGAGCCGCGGCAGAGUCCAGCGCCAUUCAAUCCAUCAGCCACGUAUGACAUUGCGAAGUCUUACACGAGAAUGGGACCAAGUCCAAACCCAGUAGCAUGGCUCUUUCCUAUAUGACUAUUUAAAAAGACUGCUGAGCAGAAUGCCUUAUAAAUCUGCAGGGUCACUCAUUUAAAGUCCGGUGACCUUAAACUGAAUAAUUUUAAAAAGAAAAGAAAAGAAACUAUUUAUUCUCAAUAUUUUUGUUUUGCACAGCAAAGGCAGCUGCUGACUUCUGGAGGAUCAAUACAACUGACUUAAAAAA